CAGGAACAUCAAGCCAUUUGACACAACGUUGGGACCAUGUCUCAGUUUACCGCUGAAGACGAGGCUGAGCUCCAGUCGCUGCUGAGACGGCUGCUGAAGAGCGUUAAGGACAGGAUCUCAGGCGCACCUUCCAUAGAGUGCGCUGAGGAGAUCCUACUACACCUGGAGGAGACGGACAAGAACUUCCACAAUUAUGAGUUUGUGAAGUACCUGCGUCAGUACGUGGAGAGCUCCGUGGGGCCAGUGGUGGAGGAGGAGACGGAUAGCGGUGCCCGAGGAGAGGCCCACGCUGUGGGGCCAGGUCAGGACACCCUGGUACACGUCGUCACCAAGAAGACCAGGGAGUCUGCAGAAUACCACCAGAUGAUGCAGACCCUGAAGAACACCAUGAUGGUGGUGGUGGAGUCUCUGAUCAACAGGUUUGAGGAAGACCAGCUGAGGAAGGAGGAGAUGCACAGAGAGAGCCAGACAGAGCAGUCCAACAGUCACUACGACAACUGCUCCGACAGUGACUCUUCCUUCAACCAGAGUUAUGCUUUCAUCAAACAAGAGCAGCUGCAAGUUCUCGCAGAAAAGCUGGACCCAAGCCGACCUAAAGAGGUGCGCUGGGAGGCCCUGCAGACACUGUGCUGUGCUCCCCCCUCCGACGUGCUGAGCUGUGAGAGCUGGAGUGGACUCCGUAGAACCCUCUCUGCUGCCCUGGCUGACCCUGACCCUGACCUAAGCGACAAGGUCCUGCGAUUCUUUGCUAAAACCUUCUCCUCCUCUCCUCUGAACGUAACCAGAGAGAUCUACACCAGUCUAGCGAAGAGCCUAGAGUCUGACUUCCUUUACCACAAGCUGAGACUUCCUUCUGGUUCAGCUGGUCUGGACGUCAACAGGCCAGACAUCACCAGGCUCCUCAAACAGAUGCGCCUGAUGAACGACUUUCAAAAGGAAGUGUCAGCCUUCUGGAUACGCCACCCUGAGAAAUACAUGGAGGAGAUCAUAGAGAGCACCUUCUCCCUCCUGACCCUCCACCAGCACCCCGGGCUGGGCCCCCAGGCCACAGAAAAGGCCCUGGAGCCCACCCACCUCCUGGGCCUGCUUGACAUCAAGGCUUCCUGGUUCAAGAAGUGGAUGCAUGGCUACUACAGCAGGACUGUUGUCUUCAGACUUCUGGAUAGGAAGUACAAGUCUCUGACAGUGGCUGCUGUGCAGCAGUGCAUCUGCUACUACGAGGCCUGUGACCAGGCCAGAGAGGAGACCACAGAGAUGCUCCACAGCCUGGAGAGACAGCACAUCAACCCACCCCAGAGGAGUAUGUACACCAGGAGAGAGUUGGAGUAUGCAUACUUCGUCCACUCUCUGUGUGUUCUAGGAAGGCUCCUCAUGUACGCCAACGGCAGGAAGCUCUUCCCCAUCAAAGUCAGGAGGCGGAAAGAGCCCGUCACCCUGGCCGACCUGGUGGUCAUCCUGAUAAGAAUACUGUACCAGCACCCCAGGCCAUACCUGGGAUACUCCUCGCACACAGCCUCCCUGUCUCCCACCUGCCUGGUCAGGGAGGUGCUGGGCACCGUGUGUGACAGCACGGAGUCUGUGGUGGAGGGUCUGUUUCAGACCCCGGUCCUCCUCACCCUGAUGGCCCCCAUCGUCAGCCUGCUCAAGGGCCAGCAGGCCAAAUUAAACUGCCCGGCGACAACGUUGAUUCACAUAGCAGACACUCUGGCCAGGAUGGCCAGCGCUCAGGGGGGGCUGUCUCUGUUCCUGCAUGAGCGGAGUCUGGAGGUGACAGAGGGCCAGGGUAUCCCAGCUGCCCACGCCAUCGUCCAGUUCACCCAGAGGCUCCUGGGUAGAGAGUUCCCCUGGCUGGGCGAGGGGGAGGCAUGGCACGGCGUCUGCGGCGCCUUCGUCUUCGUGUGUCGGCAGAUGUACAACACCUGCGAGGGGCUGCAGGAGCUCCGCCCCUACGCCCUGCAGGACGUCCUGGCCAGCGCCUGGAAACAGACCAGCUCCCAGUCAGAGAGCAUCUCCACUCCCACUCCUGGAGCAGAAGCUAGAAACGCCUCCCAGGAACUACACAACCACAGCCUUGUGUGGGAGGAGACUCUUCUGGACAACCUGCUGAACUUUGCUGCCACUCCUAGAGGAGUGCUUCUCCUGCAGCAGACAGGAGCCCUCAGCGAGUGCGUCUCCUACAUGUUCUCACGCUUCACCCAGAAACUCCAGGUGAGCUGCUGUGAGAAGUCUGGCUAUGGCGUGAUGGUGACCCAGGUGGCAGCUACUGCCCCGGGUGUGCGGGCUCUACACAGCUCAGGGUUCGUGCAGGCCCUGGUGGUGGAGAUGUGGGCGGCGCUGGAGUGCGGCAGGGAGGACGUAAGGAUGGUCCAGCCCAGGUCCGCCCCUAUGGACCCGGUCGACAGGAGCUGCCUCAAGUCCCUUGUGUCCCUGGUGAAUGUGCUGUCCUCCGGCCACGCUGUGUGGGAGCUCCUUUGGAAGCAGCCCCUCCCGAACAUGCCUGACUACAGCCUCAGAGAGAUACCCACCUCCAUACCCGACCUAAUUGAUCGCCUGAUCGCUGUGAAUUCAGACGAGAAAAUUCAUUCCCUUUUCAACUACGAACAAUCGCAUGCCUUCGGCCUCAGGUUGUUGAGUGUGCUGUGCUGUAACCUGGACUCCCUGCUCCUGCUGGAGGUGCAGUACGGCCUCUCCACCCUGCUGCUCCUGAACCAGGCAGAGGACGUGACGGAGCACAGCGACGCCAGAGGAGAGUUCAUCAUAGACUGCCUGUCAGUGGAGAGGAACCACAUCCUAGUGAGGAUGAAUGUGAUUGGUGGACCCUCGGAGAGAAGACUUCCACCCAGAGCUCUUCAGAAGGGAUCAGAGCCGUACCCCUGGCCCAUGUUCUCCUCCUACCCAGUACCCAGCUGCUACAGCCUGGAUGCCCCCCAGACCCCCCCCGGCAGGCAGGACUCUGAGCUUGGUGUGUUCCUGGCAUCAUCCCAGGCCGCCCAGCAUGAGGACAGCUGGAUGGAGGUGUGUAGGAGACAGUUCUGCAAGGCCCUGACUACCAGACCCCACUCCCUCACUGGAGAAGUGCUGGCCGACCUUCUGGAGAAUGUGGUGAUGCACCUGUCCUCCUGUCCAAUGGAACGCUUCUUCCCUCCCACCCAGUACAAAGUGGAGGAUCAUAGGGUGAAGACUGUCAGCCUGUCACCUGUCCAACGGCUGGGCAUAAACACUUGUCUCAGGUACGGCCAUUAUCUCAAGCUGCUGGGAGACAGCAGUGAGGAGGGCCUGAUUCUGCUGCUGAAACACUGCCACCUUUUCCUGUCAGAGCAGACGACAUCGCUCACGUCCCCCCUCUCCGCUCUGCAGGGGGGGUACCCAGGUCAUGACUGGCUGGCCUCCACCCUCUACCUCCUCAUGAGGGGGGACCCCCAGCGCACCCUCAGCCUGCUCCUCCACCUCUCCACCCUGCUCACCUCCGCCUUCCUCUGGCCCCCCCGGCUCCACACAUCGGUGCACCUGUCCCCGGAGGUGGCAGAGUCAGGCAUCCACCCAGCGUACUGGUGCACAGCCCACUACGUGGAGAUGCUGCUGAAGACAGAGGUGCCUCUGGUCUCAUCUGCAUUCAGGAUGUCUGGGUUCACUCCUUCACAGAUAUGUAUGCAGUGGCUGGGCCAGUGUUUCUGGAACUACCUGGACUGGAGCGAGGUGUGUGUGUACGUGUGCACAUGUGUGGUGAUGGGAGCCGACUACCAGGUGUACAUGUGCGUGGCCGUGCUCAAACAUCUGCAGCAUCUCAUCCUCCAGCACACACACGCUCAGGACCUGCAGCUCUUCCUCAAGGAGGAUCCAAUCCAGGACUUCAGAGUCAGCAACUAUUUGGAGUACAUGGAGGGGCUGGAGAGAAACUACCGGAGCCUGGUGCUUCCUGACAUGAAGAACAUCACUAGUAGGAUCAGCUAGUUGACUUGCAAUAAACCACUGAACAUCAGGCAAAAGAAAAAGCUAGCCGGCUAGCUAUGAACUCCUCAGACCCUCACUAGCAUUCUAAACGAUCUGGUUGGCUAUGAAAGGACUGAAGCCAUCGUGCACACAGCCCUGGCACAGGUGUUGAGAAGCCAGAGAGGUUUGAACCGGGGGUCCUUGUUAAACAUGAAAGCCAUGCCUGAAGCUUGAGCCUUGCUCUCUGUGGUCGGCCACAUGGCCCGAGACCUCUGUGUCUGGUCCGCUAGCCAGGUUACUGAUCCAGGCAUCUCAGGACGCAGGGUCCACAGCCUGUAGCAGGCCUCAGCUGCAUCCACAGCCCGGCAGGAUGAAAAGGAUUGGCGUGUUCAGUUCUCUACCGUACGUCUCGUACUCUAGGAGCCCCGUGGCUUUUCUACCACUUCUUUAUUCCAUUUUCUCUUAACUGGCUAAAAAGGAUGUAGACGAGUAGCUGUGGACGUGUGCUGGUGUUACUAUCAUGUAUGAAACAACGAGUGUGUAUUAGUCUGGAUGAUGACGUUCUGUAAUGCAUGACGAUGACUUGGCGAUGUUAGAAGUCGUGGAUGCUUGUUUAAAUAAAGCUUGGAA